GGGUCCCAGGCAUCAGAGACCUGCAUAUGUGCCUGAAAACUCAGGGACUGUCCCCUCUGGCAGGGGGACAGUCACUUGCCCAGACCGGGACAACAGGCUGGUAGCUAUGCGGCUUGCUCUCCCCUCCCCUCCCCUGCUGACAUCCAGGGUGGCCAUGGCCUGUGGCUCUGGACACGGGGAGGGAAGCACAGGGGGCUCUUAGUUGGGUACGAGGCAACUUUGGGGUGCCAAGGAAGGAGCUGACAUGGUUUUUGUGCCUGUCAUGUGCACGAUACCCUUUGGGGCCAGGAAGUUUGGGUGCAGGGCCUGGAGUUGGAGAGGGAGCCUGGCCGGACGGGACCGGAGGGAGAUCUAACAUGCGAGGGUUGAAGCCUGACCAUUUGGGGCUGCAUGAGGCCAGCUUGGCGGGUGGUGCAGGGGCUGGGGGAGGAGAGGCGCAGGAGCAGCACCUCAGUGUGCGCCCCUGGGUCUUCCAGGGCUACAGCGUCACAGGGCCGUCCGUGUACGAGCUCGUCAGGGCACCUGGUUUUGCCCGCCUGCCCCUCAUCGUGGAGGACUUCGUGAAGGACGCCGGCGCCAUCUUCAGUGGUGAGCCGGGGCUGGGGAGACACCGGCCAGGGGCCACAGCUGAGACCCAGGCAGGCUUCCUGGUGCUCGGGGGGCCCCUGAGAGGGAAGGGGGCCGGUUUGUGCCUGGCCUGUGAGCCUGCCUGCAGCCCACGCUUUCGGGACGUCCUACAGCCAGUGAGCCGGACGCCGUGCACGUGGUGCUGGACCGCCACCUGGUCACAGGCCAGAAUGCCAGCUCCACUGUCCCAGCCGUGCACAACCUGCUCUUUCUCUGCGGUGGCCGGAAGUGAGAUGGCUUCCCACCUGCCAGCGGACACUGCUCCCUCUAGACGACCGGAUUCCUCAGGCCUCCAGGGACCCCGCCUCCAUGACAGCCUGAGAGUGACUUCUGGACGCCCAGCUGGACUCAGCGGGAUUGUUGGAGGCCUCUGAGAAUCAGCCCUGAGCAAUGUCAGCUGUGGGGGAGGGGCUGCCCUCCCCACCCCCAGGCCACUUGCUUUCCCUGGGGCAGAGUAGUAGAGGGGCUCAGGGCCGGCAGGUGGUCCCUGAGAAUUCUGCAUGAGCUUGGCUCAGAGAGUUGGUCUGUGGGCGUCGGCUGUGGGGGUCCCCGUGUUUGUCUUGGGUCCUUUGGUCUUCCCGUGCCCAGCUGGCUGGUCCCUCCCUUCUGCCUGUCCCUGUCCACCCUGACCGAGUCUGGUGGUGGUGCCAAGACCCCGUUGUGUGUGGUGAGGACAGGGCCCAGGCCUCUGUGCCGCCCCCCACUCCUGUAGGUGUUGGUGGGGGAAGCUGUGGUCCAGCUGCCUGGGGCUGGCUCGGCACUUCCCGUUUGCCCAAGGCCGGGGGCAGCUUGUGAGGGACACAGGCUCCGGGCCCCCAGGCGGGCCCCAGACCACUCGGCGCUGAAGGAGCAGCCCUGAUUUUAAUCCUUGCCGUGGGUGUGGGUUCAGAGUGUGGCGUAACAGCGCGUGAGGCCGUCGCUUCUGACGCUGAACGUGCUGGGCCUUCAGAAAGCACUGCUCGCCCAGAGCCCUGCCCACGUGGCGCGGGGGUUCGCAGCUGCCCCAGAGCUUUCGAGGUAGAGUGACCAAAGUGCGGGUCCUGCUGGCCGGGAGCCCUGGAGCAGUGGCCCUCGGUCUGCACCUGCGUGUAGAGCCAGGCCUCCACAGGCCUGCCCCGGGGGUGCUCCGUCCCGACGUGGCCACUCACCCUGCGGGCUCGCGGGCCUCCAGGGGCCGGGCAGGUCCCCUUACGCCCCGACUUGGCUUGUGCGCGUUGCUGCAUCUGACCCCCCCCCCCUCCCCGGAAUGAAGACGGGAAGGAGGCGAGGCCUCCCCCGCGUCACAGAGCGGGGAGAUGCAGCCCCACCCCUCGAGUUUUUCUGAGGGCACCGUGCCAGCAGCUCCUGACGCCACGGCCCAGCUCGCCGGCUCCACUGAGAGGCCGGGGUCGUCCGGGCUUCGGUCACCACCAUAGGGUGGUCGACAUCUCUGGACGAGCUGUUUUAAAGUUCGUGCUUUGUGGGCUCCGUCUCUUGUGAUCCGUGAAGUGCUACCAACACUCGCCGAGCUCGGCCAGACAACUCCUGGGUUUGGGGCGGGGCCCCCCACAGUCCUGCUCCCUGGGUGGCCGUGGCAGCUCGGUCCUGGCUUUGCGAUAUGCAGGGUGCAGGGCUGGGGGCUGCCAUCAGGCUUGGCGGGGGUGCCUGCUGCCACUCGGGGGUGUCCCCACGGGCCAUCCACCUACCGGAAGUAACCGACGGCCCCACAGGAGUGACCCGUGAGCGCCUGUGACAGCAGCGUCCGCCGUGAUAGACUUAACGAAUCGUAGUUUCCCUGGCGCGAGCGUCGGUCACUGCCAGACAGCACAAGUAGCCGCGUGCUCGACGUCACUUGGCCGGGAGGAGGAAUGGGGUCCUGGGAGCAUCGCGCAGACUGAACCUGGACGGCGGCCUGCAAAGCCAGACCUCGGGUGUGUGUGAGUCCAUUACACAAAACCGAGUCGCUCUCGGGUGGUGAGGGGUGCAAGUGAACACGAUGCCUCCUGUUGGGGGCACGGGAACAUCCUAAAGCUGGCGUCAGGGCGCCCGGCUGGCUCAGUGGAGCGCACACCUGGGUCUCGGGGGCGGGGGGAGUCUGUGCCCCACGUGGGGUGUAGACUGCUUCGAACAGUAAAAUCUUUAACCCAGUCAA